AUGGGCAAGUCUCAGUCAAAGCUUUCCCCCUCCCAGCUCGAUGAGCUGCAGAAGGCGACCCACUUCGAUAAAAAGGAGCUGCAGCAAUGGUACAAAGGUUUUCUCAAGGACUGCCCCUCGGGCACCCUGACCAAGGAGGAAUUCCAGAAAAUCUAUCGCCAAUUCUUCCCCUUCGGCGACCCGUCAUCCUUUGCAAACUACGUCUUUCGGGUGUUUGAUUCAGACAAUAGCGGCAUGAUCGAUUUUAAAGAGUUCAUCUGUGCGCUGUCGGUAACAUCGCGCGGGAAGAUGGAGGACAAGCUAGACUGGGCCUUCCAGCUUCGGCUGCGAGGACCGUCUGUGUUUUGUUUCUAUGAUGCCCUCAGACUCUUCCUCUUGACGAAUUUCACGCGACUGAAAGUUUCCUUACUUCCCCCACUUCUGCGUGCGACUCUUUGCAUUGCCUUUCCGGUGCCUACCUACUUUGUCGUCUCAUUCUUUGAUUCCCCCUACCACUCGGCGACCAGCCAUCUGCCCGAACGGGGCAGGUUGAUCCAUGUACUGGGCGGUGAUUUCUGUUUGCCUGAUUCUCUCUUACUCGUUUUUGGACUUUGA